AUGCUGAAGCCGGAUCCGGGAGCAGCCGACGGCGCCGACGCCGACACCAGCACCAGUGCAGUGCCCGCGGCUCAGGCCCCCAAAAUGGAGCAGGGUAACGGCGCUGCCGCUGUCGCUUCGGCUGCUCCGGCAGCAGCGGCGGGAUCCACCGACCACGGCGAAGGCGCAGCCGCAGACGCAGCCGCAGCCGCAGCGGCCGGCGCCGACACCUCGUCCGCUGUCCCCUUCAACAAGCGGCCGCAGCGAAACACCUACCUCGCCUCGCUCUCGCCCUCUCAGCUCAAGGCCGCCACCCACCCUCCGCUGCAUUCGCUCCAGAUCCUCGCCGGCCCCGGAUCGGGCAAGACGCGCGUCCUCACCUCGAGGGUGGCCUGGCUCAUCCUCGACCCCGGCAACAACAUCAACCCCGAGAACAUCGUCGUCGUCACCUUUACCAACAAGGCCGCAAACGAGAUGAAGUCGCGCCUCACCGCCCUCAUCGGACCCGCGCGCACCGCCAACCUCGUCAUCGGCACCUUUCACGCCACCUGCGCAAAGUACCUCCGCAAGUACGGCCAGCUCAUCGAGCUCUCCAACAACUUCACCAUCGUCGACGCCGACGAGAGCAAGAAGCUCUUCAAGCUCAUCAUCAAGCCCAUGGAAAAGGACCUCAAGGAGCAGGGCAUCUUCUUCAAGCCCGAAGACGCAAUGUCCGAGGUCUCCAAGGCCAAGGCCAAGGACAUCGACCCGCAGAGGUACCGCGAGGAGGCGCUCAAGUCGUCGGCCUCGUCGUCGCAGCAGCAGAAGCAGGCGCCCGGCCAGAACUUCCGCACCCGCUUCAGCUCCGACUUCAAGCGCAUCAUGGCCGACAUCUACCUCCGCUACCAGGAGCAGCUGCGCGAGGCCAACGCCCUCGACUUUGACGACCUGCUCGUCUACGGCGUCCGCCUCUUCCGCCAAAACCCGCAGAUUGCCCGAAGGAUCGAGCAUGUCCUCGUCGACGAGUUCCAAGACACCAACACGGCGCAGUACAUGCUCAUGAGCCUCAUGGCCGCCCACUGCCAGUCGAUCAGCGUCGUCGGCGACCCGGACCAGAGCAUCUACGGCUGGCGCAGCGCAGAGGUGGGCAACCUCAAGAAGAUGUGCCUCGAGUUCAAGGGCACCGAGCAAGUCCGGCUCGAGGAAAACUACCGCAGCACCGGCGCCAUCCUCGAGGCCUCGCUCAAGGUGGUGCAGCAGGAUCGUGCGAGGGUCGAAAAGGGACUGCACACUUCCCACCCGCGAGGGCCGCCGGUGACGCUGCGGUUCAACAGCAACGCGCCCAAGGAGGCUUGGUUCAUCGCGUCCGAGAUCAAGCGUAUCGUCGCCCACUCCGGAGGUCUGCUCAACUACAACGACUUUGCCGUGCUCCUGCGCUUCAACGCGCUCAGCCGAGCCAUCGAGGCCGAGUUCCAGACGCAGGGCAUCAUGAGCCGGAUGGUGGGCGGCCACAAGUUCUUUGACCGAAUGGAGAUCAAGGAUAUCCUGGGCUACCUCUCGCUCGCCGACAAUCCGGGCUUCACCCCUGCAUUCGUCCGCGUCGUCAACGUGCCCAAGCGUGGCAUCGGCGAGAACAAGAUCGGCGACUUGCGCGCCCAGGCGCAUCGCCUCAACCUCAAGCCGAUGGAGGUGGCCGAGCGGCUGGUGAGCGGCAGGCUCAAGGUGGCCGGCAUCGGGCCCGUGGUCAAAAAGGGCCUGGGCGAGUUGGUGGCGGCCGUCGUCGAGCUUCGCGAGAUGGCCAAGCAGAGGAAACCCGUCUCGCAGCUGAUCGAGGCGCUGCUCAAAAGGAUCGACUACGAGACCUACCUCCGACGCGAGCCCGACUUCGACUCGCGCUGGGAGAACGUCAAAGAGCUGAUCAGCUUCGCAACGAUGCUCGAACAGAGCAACGAGAAGACGGCGGCCGCCAUGCUGCGCCGCUACGAGGACGGCGAGGACGAGACCGAGGACGAGGAGGCGUACCACCGGGACGACGGCGACUUCGUCGAUCCAGACCACUACGACACCGAGAGCCUGAUGACGGCGACGCCCUCGACCAAGGCGCCCUCGCAGCCGUCGCAGCCCGAGAAGCGAGCCCUCAAGAGGGAGCCAGAGAGUGAGGUGAUCGACCUCAUCAGCAGCGACGAGGAAGACAAGGGCAAGCGCACCUCGCCCCGACAGCCGGACAAAAAGCGGGCAAAGAAGGCGAGGAAGACGUUUGGCGAGGCCAUGCUCGACCGUUCAAGCGGCUCCCCGGCCAAGGCGACCAAGAAGGAGGAGGAACCGGACCCGGCCGACGGCGGUGAUGGUUCGGCCUUUGCGGUGGAUAUCGACGUCGAAGACGACGACGACGACGACGAGGACGAAGAGGACAAGACACCGCUUCGAGUCUUUCUCGAAGCGAGCAUCCUCGCCACCGAUACGACCGAGGCCGAGGACGACGACGGCAAGGCCAAGCCCAAGGUGACGAUCUCGACCUGCCACGCGGCAAAGGGGCUCGAAUGGCCUGUCGUGUUUGUCCCCGCAGUGGAAGAGGGUACCUACCCAUCCUUCCGGUGCGAGCAGCCCCACGAGGUCGACGAGGAGUGCCGCCUGCUCUACGUCGCCAUGACGCGCGCCGAGGCGAUGCUCUAUCUGUCUUACUGCUCGCUGCGAAUGGCGGGUGGCGAGACGAGGGACAAGGUGCUCAGCCACUUUAUCUCGUCGAUUGCCAAGCGCGAGGCUGGUGGCUCGGCGACCGACGCAAAGGCUGUCCCUUUCUGCACGGCGAGGCCCGAGCUCGACUCUGCAGCCGUCGAUGCGAUUGUCAAGGUCACGGGCCGACCGAAGCCGGAGCCGUCGGCUUGCAACGACUCGAUCCGGCAGUUCGAGAGGACCAAGCUGGCUCAAGAGCUUACGCGCGUCGAUCGUGCCGAGGAGCUCGAGAGGUCUGGCGGCGUCGGAAGCGGCGGUUACGGCGGCUACGGCUCCGGCGGACGAUCGUCCUCUGGCGGCUUUGUCAGCGGCGGCGGAGGCUCUCUAGGUAGGUUCAGCGGAGGCGGCUCGUUUGCGCCGUCAUCAAGCCUUGGCAAGUUCAGCAACGGUAACUUGGGAAGCUCGGGGCCCUACUCUGCCUCGUCGUCGUCGUGGUCCAACGGCAGCUCCGGGGCAGGCAAUGCAGCCAUGAGGCAAAACCUGGGCUUCUCUCGGCCUACGAUUGGCUCCUUUUCGACGGUGCUGGACGACUACGACGACGACGAUGAGGUCGGUGCAAACAUCAAACCCACGACUGGCGGUGGCGGCAGCACCUAUGCGACCUACUCGGGCUUGCAAGUGGGCGGAGGCAUGGGACGGUCUGGCUCGGGCUCGACACUGGGAGGCGGACUGAUGAAGCGGCCGCUGAUGCCGCCGAGCAUGCAGGCACGGCAGAAGGCGGAGCGGGAGAGGGUGCAGCCCCCACCGCCGCCUCGGUUCACUGACGAGGUGCGGCUCAAGGCGCGGCCAGAGGAUGCGAUUGAGGCGGCGUCGGGGCGCACCGAUGGCAUGGCGCCGCGACGACGGGCAGACCUGGAAAGCUUCCAGCAGGCGCACAGCAGCAGCAUGUCGAGCCUCCUCGAUCUCCUCCCCGCCUCGGCCGACGAGGCAGCGACGAUGGCCGACAAUUUCGCGCAGGGAAGCGGCGGCGGCAGCAGCAGCAGCAGCAGCGCGACCACCAAUGGCGGUACGAGCACCGCCAACGGCAUCAGCGCAGGUCUGGGAAAUGGCAAGCGGCGGCUGGGAAUGGGGAUGGCGCGGCGACCAACAAAGGGCAAGCGGUAG